AUGAACAACACCACACAAUCUUUCCAUAUGGAUUUAAAAACUUUCAAUUCCUCCAAUAAUAAGAAACAAGAUCCAGACCUCUCCGAACUCAGAUACAUUACAGUGAAAACUCCUGAAGAUGUCGUCAAAAAUUCAAACGUGAUUAUUGAAUGGUUGAAAAAAGAAGGAGAUUUAGUUGAGGAUAAUGAAAUUGUUUGUCGAAUUGAUAGACAACCAAUGGUGGGUGAUGAGAUUAGAGAAAUUCAUGCCGAAUACAAGGGAAAAAUUCAUAAAAUUUCAUUUCAACCAGCACCCACUCAAGAACAAAUUGGAGAAAAACUGAAAGCUGUCAUGUCACCAAAUCAAGAUUUAUUUAUUUUAGAAACAACAGAAGGAGAAAUUAGAUCUCAAGAGGGCAUUAUUGCCAAGCUUAAAAGAUUUGUGAAGAAGUAUGGUAUUUUAGGAGUUGUGAUUUAUUUGGGAAUUUAUGUGUUGACUUUGGGAACAUUGUUUUUACUGUUACAAGAGGGAUUUUUGGCUACUAAGGAUGUUUUAGCUUGGUUACAUAAUAGUGGAUUUGACAAGUACAUUGAUAUGAACGAUUUGAAAAAGUCGGAAAGAAAUGCCAACUUUGUGGUUGCUUGGGUGUUGACCAAGUUCACUGAACCUGUCAGAAUGGCUGUCACCCUUGCUAUUACUCCUUAUAUUUACAAGGUUUUGAGAAGAUUUAUGAGAAAGUAA